AAAAAAACUCCAUUUCUACUUGUCAUAGAACACAUCUGAGAAUCGCGAGUUCAGUGUAAUUGUUGUUAUUACUUCGAAGCCAUUGUCAUCAGGUGAAACUCUUCCUACGUAAUUGAAGAGUAGAGGAGUUCAGUGUAAUUGUUGUUACUACUUCGAAGCCAUUGUCAUCAAGUGAAACUCUUCCUAGCGUAAUUGAAGAGUAGAAGCCGAGUCAUAGAUUUUGUCCAUGCCGAGCAGUCAUUCAGCCUUGCAAUAUUAUCAGUAGGGCUGGGAAACAGUCCGGUUUGGUUUAAACCGGAUCGGAUUGAUCCGGUUUUGUACAACCGUAUUAGACAAUCCCACGACUGAAGACGGGAUUGGAUUGUAACCCGGUUUUGACCAAACCGAAUUGGAUGCAAUACGGUUUGGUCCGGUUUUAAAUAAAAAACUGGAUUGGUUUAUUCCAUCCCAACACGCUGUCGUUUGCAAAUGAAAUUAAAAAAAAAUUAUAAAAAUUUGUACACCAUACCACGCCUCUGGCCCUCUAUCCCCAUCCACACAAUCCCUCAAAACCCUAUCUUCUUCCAUCUCUAUCGUUGCCGCCAUUGCUCUCUCCCACCAAACAACGCAAUCCACUUCUUUCCUCUACUUUCUUCUCUUCUCCCAUUCCUUUGCUUCAUGGAGAGCCGAUGGGAGAAUCUGGCACCCAUAAACUCUCCUCUGUUCCCCCUUCCUCUUGCAUGCACAACCAUCACCAUGUAUGUCGUGAACAGAGGAGGCGAGCGUUGGUUUGCAUCGGGGAGAGAGGUGAGUCGCUGCUGAGAGUGGCGAUGAACGAUUGGAUGAUGGAGGUCAGAUCGGAAGAUGGAGGGAGGCGAUUGGAGAGUUUUGGUGGCGGAGUGGCGAUGGGCCGAUGGCCGGCUCUCGGCUGGUCGCCGUCGGGAGUCACGGGACGCGAUCAAGGGAGGCGAUUGGCCGGCGGAGGAGCUUGGAUUCUCUUCUUCUUUUCUUCGCGUGUGUGUGUUUUUGUAAAGUGUGAACAGAGAAGAUAGAAGAGGUUGAGGGUUAGGAAGUGAGAGAACAGAGAAGAAAAUCAUUGCCGACUAGGGUUAGGGAGUGGGCUCGGGCUGGGACUAGGACUGGGACUGGGCUAGGCUAUGGGAUUGGGAGGUGGGCUGCCUAUAUUUGUAUUAUCCGGUUUUCCGGUUUUUCUCGGUUUUAACCGGAUCGGACAGGGCCAGUUUUUUUUUUUGUGAAUCCUACAACCGCAAAUUGGAUUGGGUUAAUGGGAAUUCGGUUUCCGUUUACAACCAGGACGGUUUAAACUAGCUGAUUUCCGGUUUGACCGGAAAACCGGGACCGGAUUCCAACCCUAAUUCUCAGUGUAUCGGAUUUGGAGAUAUUCUCAGUACAUCGCCACAAUGCGCAUCACACCUCGUAGGUACAAAUGACUACCUAUAUCGUGGCAAAACAUGUCAUUUUUUAUUGUUGGCUCGGCUUCUAGUUGACCGACGUUUCUCUUUUUUUUUUUUUUAAUUAUUGACCUGUAAAUGUCUUGUAUGUUAUUGUAUAUGAUUGUUCAUUUCCAAAAUAUCUUUGGCCAAAAAUGAAAAUUAUAGGUAAAU